AGUUCAAUACUGUAUUUUGUAUUUAUUUUGUUUAAAUCAUUUCAUUGUCUAUCACUACAAACUUGUAUUACUAACAAUGACUGGUAAUAGCAGUCGCAGCCAAUAAGUGUCAUUUUGCCAAAAAUUGUAACUGUUUUAGUAAAAAACAAAAUGAGUGUCAUAUCGGAACCGGUGUCCCUUUCGUGGCACGACAUCAAUGUCUACACCAAACUGUCACUUCGUAAGCGAAAGAAAAGAGAUCCCAGACAUAUACUCAGAAAUGUUAAUGGACAGAUCAAGGCUGGUCAAUUGCUGGCUAUAAUGGGAGCCAGUGGGGCUGGAAAGACAACAUUAAUGAAUGUAUUGACUCAACGAAAUUUAUCAGACAUUGUCUUCGAGGGAACCGUUAGAUUGAAUGGCAGAAUAGCCGACGCUAACAGAAUUACGGCACUGUCUGCUUAUGUCCAACAAAACGAUUUAUUUAUUGACGCCUUAACUGUUAGAGAGCACCUGAUGUUUCAGUCACGAGUACGUAUGGAUCAGUUUUUAUCGGAUAAGCUAAGAGAUGACAGAAUUAAUCAAGUGAUGCAAGAUUUUGCUUUGACCGAAAGUGCCGAAACUCGAAUCGGCAAACCAGAGGACACAAAAGGUAUAUCAGGCGGUGAAAGAAAACGAUUGGCAUUUGCUUCAGAGUUACUAACAAACCCAUCGAUCAUGUUUUGCGACGAACCCACCUCUGGUUUGGACUCCUUUAUGGCGCUCAGUGUUAUGGAAGUGCUCCGAGAUAUGGCAGCUUCUGGCAGGACAGUCAUCUGUACUAUACAUCAGCCCUCUUCCGAAGUGUUUUCUGUGUUCAAUCAAUUAUUACUAUUAUCUAAUGGAAGGGUAGCUUUCUUAGGAAAAUCAGAUAAAGCCAUUGAGUUUUUUUCGAGUCUUGGCCUUCAAUGUCCCAAUAAUUAUAAUCCGUCGGAUUUUUAUAUCAAACAAUUAGCAAUAAUUCCCGGACAAGAAAGUCAAUCCAAAGAGAAACUGGAGACUAUAUGCGACCGAUUUGUGGACAGUCCUUACGCUAAGGAGGUAAUGCCCGAACAAAUUUGCGAACAGUUUAUCUCAUCGUCUAAAGAGGACAUCGAAUAUAAGACCAGCCGACGGGUCUAUAAAUCCAAUUGGAUCGUACAGUUUUGGGCACUACUGUGGCGAUCACAUCUAACAGUUAUGCGUGAACCCAAAGUGACCCGAACCCAGAUAUCCCAAACAAUUUUUGUGGCAGUCCUACUUGGUUUUAUCUACUGGCGCCUUGAGUUAGACCAGUCGGGUAUUCUCAAUAUAAACGGCGCCCUAUUUUUAUUAAUAACAAACUUGAGCUUCCAACAUGCUUACGCUGUUAUCAAGACAUUUUGUAUAGAAUUGCCAUUAUUCUUAAGGGAACAUAAUAACGGCAUGUAUAGAGUGAGCGCCUAUUUUUUCGCCAAAACGUUAGCUGAGGCACCGUUUUAUUUGUUGCUUCCAUUCCUAUUUGUCUGUAUAUUUUAUUACAUGGUUGGCCUGAACAGCGGAAUCAUUCAGUUCCUUACGUGUGCAUUGGUCAGUGUACUGGUGGCCAACACGGCCUGUAGUUUUGGUUAUUUGGUGUCCUGUAUGAGCAGCGAUGUGACCAUAGCACUGGCCAUAACGCCUCCGGUUAUGGUAGCUUUUCUAAUAUUUGGCGGCUAUUUCUUGAACAAUGAUUCAGUUCCCAUAUAUUUCAUUUGGUUUAAGUACAUAUCGUUUUUCUAUUACGGCAACGAAGCGCUGGUCAUAAACCAGUGGCAAAACAUACAGCACAUCGCCUGUCCAUUAUUUAACAGUACAAUCGAUGAAAUUGUGGACACGACUAACAAAACUAUUACCUCUUGUAUACCUAAUGGUCAAGUGGUCAUCAAAUUGUUAAACUUUUCCGAAAAUAAUUUCUUGCGCGACAUUUUAGCUUUGGUAGCUCUUAUUCUAGUCUUUAGGACACUGGCCUACAUUGCACUUCUCAAUAGGUCUACUCGACGCUAAUAUAUUUAUGUAUUUAAUAAUUAUCAUAAUUUUUAUAGC